UCUCUCCCCCCUCAUUCCCGCCCCCCCAGGCCAGGGACGCGCCGCCGCGGCUUUAAAACGAUCCCCUUGGAGAAACUUUGCCGAUCAAUCAAGCCCUCGGCCGGAUCCCUCCGCCGGACGGCAGAGCGAGCGAGUGAGCAAGGCGCGCGGCAGCCGCUGCACUGUGGCGCCCUCCGCCGUAGGGAAGAGUCCCGCAGUCUUCGGCUGGCAGAGCGGAGCCGAGGAGGAGAAAGAAGAGGAGGAGGAGGAGGAGGAGGCGAGCGGGACGGGGCGAGGCGAGGCAGCGGCGGCUCAGCAUCUUUCUCCUCGGCUUCAGCACCACCCGGAGCAGCGGCGGGGGCGACGGAUCGGGCGGGGGCCGCCGGCUGCUUCUGGCCCUCCCUGAUGUGAGACGGGCGGCGGACGGACGGACGGGAGGAGGAGGAGGACGACGACGAAGAUGGGGGGCGCCUUCGGCCUGACCCUGGCCCUUUGCCACUCCGUGGGACUCUACAUGCAGCUCGGAGCCUCCUCGCGGCCCCCGCAGUGGGAGAACCAGAUCUCGGGCAACGCGUUUUUCACAGAGACCCCCCACGACAUGACCGCCCGGGCUGGUGAGGACGUGGAGAUGGCGUGCUCCUUCCGAGGCAGCGGCUCCCCUUCGUACUCGCUCGAGAUCCAGUGGUGGUACGUGCGCACUCACAAAGACUGGACGGACAAGCAGAACUGGGCCUCCAACCAGCUAAAAGCAUCUCCACAGGAAGAGCCCGGGAAGGAGGCGACAAAAAUAAGCGUCGUGAAAGUGGUCGGCAGUAACAUCUCCCACAAGCUGCGGCUCUCUCGGGUCAAACCGACGGACGAAGGCACCUACGAGUGUCGCGUCAUCGACUUCAGCGACAGCAAAGCCCGCCACCACAAAGUGAAGGCCUACCUGCGGGUGGAACCAGAGGAGACCACUGAGCCCCACCGCCACAGCUCCCCCACUGGGCACCUGCAAGACACCCAGCUGCUGGGCUUGCAGCUCUCCGACCACAGCAAACUGAGCGGCUCCCACCCACACCACCAGCACCACAAGCCAGGCAAGGAGCUCAAGAAACGCUCCGUGGACGAUGCGUCCUGUGCCCUCUAGACUGGGUUGCAUCCCGAGUUGUGGUACUGAAUGGCCUAAAUGGGGUUUCUCCCUCCUCCACCCCCCACUCUUCCACACACACACUUGCCCCAUCCCACUGGGUGGUGGGAACAUGACAUCCCAGUGGCCAGCCUGUAUUUGGGCCAGGUUUGCUGAGGAACCGAUGUAAAACGAAUGCCACAAACUAGAGUCACCCCGUCCGCAUGAACCUCAUUGUCAGCAUCCCUUCCACUCGGUCAUAUAGAUAUGUAUUUUUAACAUUCCUUUCUAACUAUGAAUUUCUCCCCUUGAAUGGACAAUGGGCUGCUCCCAGGACUCCGGAGACGACACGGAGCUGCUCCAGGGUGGAUUUAAACGGAGGGAGC